CACUGGAAUAUUCACGCUUCAGUGGCAGCAGCGGCAGCCAGAGGAGCCGCCCGCCACACAAGGGACCCCUCAGGAAUGAAGCAGCCUUUCAGGGCCAGAGGGGCUGUGGUCUCCCUUCCUCUCCUUAAAUAGCCAGCCUUCCGCCCACAGAGGCACAGAGCCCCCUGCCACCACCGCCACCCACGGGCAGAGAUCACCUGCCACCCGCAGAGCCCUGCCCUUCCUCCUGGACCAGCAGCUAGAGGCUCAUACCCGGCUCUGUUUCCACCCAAAGCAUGAAUGGCCUUGAAGUGGCCCCCCCAGGUCUGAUCACCAACUCCUCCCUGGCCACAGCAGAGCAAUGUGGCCAGGAGACGCCACUGGAGAACAUGCUGUUCGCCUCCUUCUACCUCCUGGAUUUUAUUCUGGCUUUCGUUGGCAAUGCCCUGGCUCUGUGGCUUUUCAUCCGAGACCACAAGUCAGGGACCCCGGCCAACGUGUUCCUGAUGCAUCUGGCGGUGGCCGACUUGUCGUGCGUGCUGGUCCUGCCCACCCGCCUGGUCUACCACUUCUCUGGGAACCACUGGCCGUUUGGGGAAAUCCCAUGCCGCCUCACCGGCUUCCUCUUCUACCUCAACAUGUAUGCCAGCAUCUACUUCCUCACCUGCAUCAGCGCUGACCGCUUCCUGGCCAUCGUGCACCCAGUCAAAUCCCUCAAGCUCCGCAGGCCCCUCUACGCGCACCUGGCCUGUGCCUUCCUGUGGGUGGUGGUGGCCGUGGCCAUGGCCCCGCUGCUGGUGAGCCCGCAGACCAUGCAGACCAACCACACGGUGGUCUGCCUGCAGCUGUACCGGGAGAAGGCCUCCCACCACGCCCUGGUGUCCCUGGCCGUGGCCUUCACCUUCCCAUUCAUCACCACGGUCACCUGCUACCUGCUGAUCAUCCGCAGCCUGCGGCAGGGCCCACGCGUGGAGAAGCGCCUCAAGAGCAAGGCGGUGCGCAUGAUCGCCAUGGUGCUGGCCAUCUUCCUGGUCUGCUUUGUGCCCUACCACGUCAACCGCUCUGUCUACGUGCUGCACUACCGCGGCCGAGGGACCUCCUGCGCCGCCCAGCGCGUCCUGGCCCUGGGAAACCGCAUCACCUCCUGCCUCACCAGCCUCAACGGGGCGCUCGACCCCGUCAUGUAUUUCUUCGUGGCUGAGAAGUUCCGCCAUGCCCUGUGCAACUUAGUCUGUGGCAAAAGGCUCACGGGCCCGCCCCCCAGCUUUGAAGGGAAAACCAACGAGAGCUCGCUGAGUGCCAGGUCAGAGCUGUGAGCGGGGGCGCCGUCCAGGCCAAGCGCCGACUGUUUAGGACUCAGCAGACUCAGCAAGAGGCACCUGCCCUUUCCCCAACACCUCCCCAGCACGAGGCCCGAAAUCUCAGCAGGUGCCCACCGUUUCCCUCGAUCUCCUAGUCUCAACCCCUAAAAAGGGAGAACUGAUGAAGGGGAUCAGCAGCCCGGCCCUCUGCAGGGGCUUGGGAUGCUUUCAGUGGCUCAUAGACACUCAGCAACCUCAUCCAUAGCAGGGAGAGAGGAGGCCGGAAGAACAACCCCUGAAUACAAAGGACGCCUUUCUUUCCCACUAGGCUCCCAGCCUCCUUCCUGCUACAGAAUCAUGCAGCAGUGAGGCUCAUCAGAAAGACCAGGAAGGCAGGCUGCAAAUGACCCAGAAGAGGGACCUGGGGGUCCUGGUGGGGAAUAGAGGGAGUCUCAAUAUUCCUUUGCAGUGCAAGGUACUCCGGGUCCCCUCUGUGGUGCCUCUGCCAGACACCCUCUGCCUGAGUUGAAGGGACACAGGCCACACAUUUCAGGCUGGUUGCUGGGGAACCUCAGCACUUGCAGCCUGCAGGGACCCAGCACAGCUCUGGAUUCUGGAUCCCUCCUGCUGUAACUCCAUGCACAGACCCGCCACCCCCAGAGCUCCUUGGCAGACUCCCAGGCCUCCCAGUGCAGUCACAGGAGCUAAGCUAAGGCCAGAGCUGGGCUGUGCACCUGCCUCCCACCGACCCAGACCCUGAAGGGACGGCCCCAGCCCACUCCCGCCGGAGAGGCCUCUCUCUGCCUGAGCUCUUUCCCUUGCUAGCGUGCAGAUAUCGCCCUAACAUGCCCUCUUUUGUACUUGUUUGGACAGAUCAUAAACAUAACUGUAGCUUUAAGACUACAAAGGUUACUGUGUUUGGUCAACAUAAAGCGUCUUCCAGAACUUC